GUGUAGGCGGAAUUUAAAUACUCUGAGCUGUUGUUUUUCUCCGGUAUUGGCAGAGCGACAGAGUAUUUUCUCAACACAGAGCACAGAGACUCGAUCCAGUACUGAAAAUGGCGAGUAAAGAGCAGUCCGUGGUGGCUGAAUGCGCGCUCCAGCUGCGUACGCUUGGAGAUCUGAUGUACUGGAAAUACGUUCUGCUGGAGUUCCUGGCGAGAACUUUACAAGCAGCCAACGAAGAUCCAGCCGGAGGGACGUAAGUCCUAAAUGAGAGAACCGUCAUGAAGAUUCUAAUCACGAAGAGGUCACUUGCGGACUUCGCAGACAUGGGUGCACAUCUUCUGCAUCCUUGAAAAAAAAAAAAUUUAAUGAGGGGGAAAAAAAAAUGCAAGCUCCUGUGAGGGCUGUUUAUCAAAUGGAAGGCUCACAUCUUGCUGUCGGUUGAUGACUGACGUCUGGGGGAAACUACUUCCUGUCUGCUGUUUUACUACCUUGGAGAAUGGACUUUGGACUGUGUAGUGGUGUGGACUAUGGGCAGAAAUCGUUCAUGAUUCCUUCUGUGACUGGCCUGGUCACAUUUUGUCACAUAGACAUUUCCGGUAUCACAAACACCUUCGCAUCAGCACUCAACAUAUAUAUGCAUCCUGGUACAUUUGUGGCUCUAUAAGUGGUUGCUUAAAAAAAACAGGACGCUAAGAGACUAAAUGCAGUUAGCUGUGCAUUUGACGUUAUUUUUCAGCUUGAUCUUUUUCAGGAAAAAAAACCCCACGACACUUUACUUUUAAGAUCCGCAAGUCGGGUUUACUCUGUGCGAUUGCUGUGCGACUGGCUCAUCAAGUUUAUUAUACUUGACCUACUUUAUAUGUCGGAUUAAAAUCUUAUGCCAAGAACGUGUAAGAACAUGUUCUCCGUAUCAGAUUGUAAGGAUAGAUCUUUGAGUAAAGAAUGUUCUGCUUAUGUUAUCAAUAUGGAUUGUGCAGGAAAUGGGCUUAGAUUACCUGGGGACAAAAAAAAACCACUCGGAAUAAUAGCAAUGUUAUGACUUGAAAAUAAAUAAAUAAAUAAUGAUAAAAAGGUGCUCUAAAGCUGUUUAGGAGUUUGGUGACCUUCCUGGCUGGGACAAAUAUAGUACAACAUGGAAUAUCCAUGCCUGAACAUGUGCUUUAUGUAAUGAGGAUACAGGAAGCUGUAAGGCGUUGCUGUUUUUCUGUUUUCAUCCUCUGCCCUGACAAAGCGGAGAUGAGAUAUCAAAUAGACAUUCUCUCUUCGUUUAAAUCCCAUGGUUCGUUUUUAAUUUUUGCCUUCACCAUUAGCUGUCCUGUGAAUUUUGUUAUCCUAUGCCGCCCUCCUAUUGGUGGCCUUUAGACGAGGGUCGUAGGAACGAUUUUUUUUUAAAAUGUUUUUUUUAAAAAAAAUUAUUUAUUUAUAUAUAUAUUUUUCAUGCUGCCAGAUAUCGGUCAUCUUUGGCUGCAGUGGCACUAAAAUGGCCGCCGAUAAUGUAAACGCAUGAUAUUAUGUACCAUCCAGAACACUGAGAUCAUGUUCCUAUCUGUGGGGAGUUGGGACUUUCUGUGCUUAUGCACCCAGUCGAGGAAUCUCCGAUUUAUUUUAUGUCCAUAGAUUUUAAUGUGCACUUUCAUAAACCAUCUUGCAAUGUAUUUAUCUGGUGUUUGUUUGAUUAGAUGGACCAUUUUUCUCUGGGUUUUAUUUUCACUGUUCUACUUGUUACAUUAUUGUACGUUUAUACUUGUUAUUGUACUGUAGCUUUCAUUCACAGUCUUGUUAAAAUACUUUUUAAUCAGUUGAGAAUUUGUACUUUUUUAUUAAAGUUUUAUUAUACUUAUUAUA